AUGAAAGAAACAUUAAAAAAUAGUCGAAAACGAGAUGCAACUGGUCAAUUAGUUAAAACCAAAUACAUGAGAUGCCAAACAAGAGGUUGUCAAAAAUGGCAAUCAAUACGUUCCCAAAAUCCAUUUUUUACCUACGUGGAUAAAAAUGGAAAAAAUAAAAGUGGUUUGAGCUUAUGUGAAAUUAUUGAACUUGUUUGGUGCUGGGUAAAUAAAUUUAAAGUUGCACAAACCGAAAAAAUAACUGGCAGAGGUCAUCAUACAGUCUCGGAUUGGUACAAUCUAUGUCGAGAUGUGGUGGCAAAACAAUUUAAAAAACGUGGAAAAAUGGGUGGAAAAGGAUUAAUAGUACAAAUAGACGAAUCUAUUUUUCAAGGGAAACGUAAGUACAACAGAGGAAGACUUCGCCUUGGAGAUUGUAAACCUGUUAAUAAUGAAGAUACAGAUGGUAAUACUACCGAUACUUCCGAGGAUAAUUCUAACGAAGAAAAUCAAAACUAUGAUACUAAUCGAAAUUAUGGUAGCCGAGUUCAAGGACCUUGGGUGUUUGGUAUGUGCUGUUUGCGUGAAGAUGGAAUUUUGGAACGCCGUUUUUUUAUAGUCAAUAAGAGGGAUCGAGACACAUUAUUACCAAUAAUAAUUCAAGAAAUAGAACCAGGAUCAACAGUUCAUUCAGAUGAGUGGAGAGCAUACAGCACUUUAAAAAAUCACGGUUUUCUUCAUCAAACUGUCAACCAUAGUAAGAACUUCAUAGAUCCGCAUACAGGUGCUAAAACUCAAACAAUUGAGUGUUUAUGGAGACACCUAAAGGUCAACUAUAAUAUAAGAUCACGUGGUGCAACAAACUUACUCGACAGACAAUUACAGGAAGAAUGGUGGCGUUCAGUGAAUCCAACCAAUACGUUCGAAAGUUUUUUGAGAGACAUAAAGGAUACAUUUUUAUAA